AUGGCAUUUUAUCUUCUCCUUCCCAGAACUUUUCUUUCAUUUCAACUUACCAAAUUUCAUUUCAUUUCCUGUUUUUCUCCAUCACGUGUUUUUUCACUUUUUACUGAUAUUCUCACUCUUACUUUUUUUCACCCCCUCUCUGAUUCUAUUUGUUCUCUUUUCACCUUCUUCAUACUGCAUAUUACUUCCCUAUCAAACUAUUCCUUUCUCUGUUCACAUCUACCCUUUCAAUCACCUCCUCUCUCUCUCCCUCUCUCUCUCUCUCUGCUUUAUAUUCAAUUGCCUCCUUUUCUUUCUCACUUUGCCUUUAACUGGUUAAUCUCCAUUCACUUUCCCCCUCCAGUUACCUCCUCUCUCUGUUUACUUCUUCCCCUCCAAUCACCUCCUCUCUCUGUUUACUUCUUCCUAUCCAAUCACCUCCUCUCUCUCUGUUCCCCUCCACAAAUCCUCUCUCUCCCUGUUCCCAAUUCCCCCUCCAAUCACCUCCUCUCUCUCUGUUCACUUCUUCCCCCCAAUCACCUCCUCUCUCUCUCUUCUUCCCUCAAUCACCUCCCUCUCUCCCUCCAAUUCAAUCCCUCCUCUCUCUCUGUUCCUUCUUCCUCUUCGUCCACCUCUCUCUGUUCACUUCUUCCUCUUCAAUCACCUCCUCUCUCUCUGUUCACUUCUUCCCUCCAAUCACCUCCUCUCUCUGUUCACUUCUUCCCUCCCUCCCUCUCUCUCUGUUCCUUCUUCCCCUCAAUCACCUCCUCUCUCUGUUCCUUCUUCCCCUCAAUCCCUCCUCUCUCUCUGUUCACUUCUUCCCCUCCAAUCACCUCCUCUCUCUCUGUUCACUUCUUCCCCUCCAAUCACCUCCUCUCUCUCUGUUCACUUCUUCCCCUCCAAUCACCUCCUCUCUCUCUGUUCACUUCUUCCUCUUCAAUCCAAUUCAAUCCCAUCCCUCUCUCUCUGUUCCCAUCCUCUCUCUUCCUCUUCAAUCACCUCCUCUCUCUAUCCCUUCUUCCCCUCUGUUCUCUCUGUUCAUCUUCCCCUCAAUCACCUUCUCUCUCUGUUCUUCAAUCCCUCCUCUCUCUCUGUUCCUUCUUCCCCUCAAUCACCUCCUCUCUCUGUUCCACUUCUUCAAUCCUCCUCUCUCUCUCUGUUCCUUCUUCCCCUCCAAUCACCCCUCCUCUCUCUCUGUUCACUUCUUCCCCUCCAAUCACCUCCUCUCUCUCUGUUCACUUCUUCCUCUUCAAUCACAUCUUCUCUCUGUUCAUUCUUCCUCUUCAAUCACAUCCACUCUCUCUCUGUUCACUUCUUCCUCUUCAAUCACAUCUUCUCUCUGUUCACUUCUUCCUCUUCAAUCACAUCCACUCUCUCUCUGUUCACAUCCACUCUCUCUCUGUUCACUUCUUCCUCUUCAAUCACAUCCUCUCUCUUCACUUCUUACCCUCCAGUCAACUUCCUCUCUCUGUUCACUUCUUCCCUUUCAAUUACCUUCUGUCUCUAUAUUUCUCUUCAUUCAACCUCUCCUUCUCUUCAUUUCUUCUCCUUCAACAGCCCCAUUUUCUCUCUGUUCACUUCUUUACUGUCCACCACCUCCUUUCUCUACUCACUUAUCUGCCUCUGACUCUCUCCUCUUUCUGCUCACUCAUUCUACCUCAACUGUCUCCUCACUCACUUCCCCAACUGCCCCCUCACUCACUUCCCCCUAAACUGCCCUUUUGUUCACACCUCCCCAACAACCCACUCGCUCUCUCCCCCAACUGCCCCCACCGCUCACUAACCCCUAAACUGUCCCUGCACUCACUUCUUUCUCUUCAACCUUUGACCUUCCUUAUCAUGACAAUAAAAUAUUCAUUAUUAUAG